UAAAAAAUCGACCAGUUUUGGAACUUUUGGGAAUUUUUGCAUAGGUUAUACCAUUUGGCAUAGGUUACUUAUAAGUGCACCUUAUUUUUAAAAAAAUUGAUAAACUCUAUGCAGUGUUCACUUGAGGUUUUGACACCGUGCGUCAGUUACAAAAACACGAAGAAAGUAUAUGUAUGUGUGUAUGCGGUUCAUGCUUUGCGUCUUAUUCUUUAUUCCCCUUUUCAUUCGUUUGCAUACAUUUUGGCAAAGGCUGCUACGCUAAAUAGCACGAUACACAAUGCAACAAGUGAACAGUGCAAUUUGAUUGCUUGGGUGUUCGGUAUACUAUCAUUCGAUCACGAUGGCUGGAAAGAAACGGAAGCCUGCAGCAUCGGCUUCUAAGCCAAAGCCAGUAAAGAGGAAAAAAAUUCGUGAAAUUCAAACGAUAAAGAAAAGUGCAAAAAAAGUCUUGAAACGGAAUCGACCAAUGAAAACAGAUAAAGUUCGUGAUUUGAUCAGCUUGAAAUGACGCGAUGUUUCAUUUUGGGUGCACUCAGUGUUCAUUACAUGAUUUUCACAUUUUUUCAAGUGCGUUGUGAUGGAAAUCGAUACGGUGAAAUCGAAGAUUACUUCAGUCAAUUCGUUGAUAAGAACUUCUUCGAUGACUUUUUCCGAGGAACGCAAAAUUUUGAUAGCGACGAUGAAGAUGCCGUAAUAAAGUCUGGAUACAAGGUGUCCAGAAUGAUUUACCGUUUGUGUUCGACAUAUUUCGUGAGAGCUCCAAAAAUUGAGAAAAUAUCAAAUAUAUUCAACUACGCAUCACAAAUUUACUACACAAAUUUCAAGAAUAACGUUUGCUAUCACGCAUAUUCUCGUCUUCGGAAGUUUUUUGAGCACCAAAAUGUGACUAAGCAACAGAUCAACGAUACCAUGGAAUAUCUAUUCAAAAAGAAAUCAGAGCGCGUACCAGAUCCGUAUCUAAUUGAGAUACUAAAAAAUGAAUUGCAUCCAAUUCGUUUCGGAGAUGGUCGAGCAUAUUUUUGUACGAUGACGACGGCAGGCAAUUGGUUCAAAUACGUACCAAUAUUUCUACAUUUGCAACGGUAAACCGGUACAUUCGUGAUCACCAAUGAAAUAGAGAGGCGGCAUUGCGACGAGGUGAAAGAACAGAGCUCCGUGAUUACAGAAAUUUCACCGUUUUUCCAGUUUCAACGUUUAAAAGACAUCACAUUCGCAUAGAUAAGCAAGGUCUUUAUUACAUGCUGAGAGAGAUCGGAUGCCCACACCCACGGCUCAUUAGACGUGAUGGAACACCAAAGCAGUGUAAGGAAUUAAAAGCCGCUGAUUGGGACGUGCUUUGGCGAACGUAUUUUGACAUUGGUGCCAUCGAAAGAACACCGCAAAAUGACAAUCGUGCCACUUUAAUAUUCAAAAAUUCAAUUCAAACGGAUGGAAUGGCUAUGUCAUUUUGGAUGGAACGCACAAAAUUCGUCGUUGUCAAAGACGAAAAUGAAAUCAUGCGGGAGACUCAAGAAAAGUUAUUGAAAGCGCAACAAGUGUAUGGUCUCGAUCCAAGUCUUCAGCUGGUGAUUGGCGGUGUUUGUGUGAUCAAUUACAAUGAUCCGAACAAGGAAAAUCGCCGCGAAAAACUCGUUCAAUUGACAUCGGGUCAAUAUAAUCACAUGAUCAGCUAUCGCAAGCGAAAUAAAUGGCGCAAAAAGUUGACUUUCAACAUCGACGAAAAAAUGCGUAUUCACCGAGAAUAUUUUGAUGAGCAACCAGGUCCACAUUCAGACAACAUUGAUAGAUAUGUCGAUCAUAUUUUACGGCAUUUCAAUGAGAAGUUUGAAGCAUACACGCAGUACGAAUAUGCACUUCAAGAUGUUGUACAGUACAUCGAUACGAAUACGACACUCGAUAAGUUGGCAGACUGGUUUAUCGAUGGCAAAGAAACAUUCGUAUUUGUGGGUGAAAAUUUCAUUGCUGCCGACUCAGAAGCAAAAGGUUAUAUUCGGUCGAAAGUACGCGAUUUAUUUGAGAAAAUGAAGCGACGGCGCAACUGUACAGUGGUCAAAGUGGAUGAAUUUCGAACAACAAAGGUGUGCACAACUGGCAUCAAAAUUCCGACGCUACGAAGAAAAACGGAUAAUUGGUCAUAUUAUCACAUGGAAUCGUGGUACAAACGCCGCUCGCAAUAUACUCUACAAAGGUUUGUGCAUUUGAUUGAAUCGAUUUCUCAAUAUGAACAAUAAGUAAUGAAUUUGUUAUUUGUUAAACAAUUCAAACAUAGGACGGUGUGCUGUAAUAAAUGAAGAACUACAACCCGUAUUUCAAAGACCUACAGCACCCAUUCAGGUAAAAAAAUAAUAAUUUAUCAAAUUGUAAUGAAAAUUUCAUUAUGGAAUAUUCAAAAUGCACACUAACUAUGUUUACUUUCAGAAUCGACAACAAAUACAAGGAACAUCGCGUUCUAACCAAGAUCAAGCACGAAACUCUCGGCCCUAAGCCCUGGGUAUUGUGCGGGAUGUCAUCGUGGUCUUAUUAUAGCUACUUUUAGUAAGUAUUUAAAUUUAAUCCUACAGUGCUAAUAUUUAAUCCUUUUGGAUUAUUUUGAUGAAAAAUCCCAAAUGAUUAAUAUUUAAUCCCUUCUAUUUUACAGAGUAUCUUGAAUCUUUUUAUUUAAUCGAUGGAGAAAAAUAAAGAAAAUUAAAUUACAAA